CUAUUAUAUACACGCAUGCUACUACUCUCCCACACCAGUGGCGCAGGUCACACCGGGGCCUCUCGCCUCUGCGCUCCGUGCCCAGAUUCCAACAACUCCGAGAUCUUGUAUCACUGCAGCAGCGCCCCGCGGUCAACCCUCUGGCCCUCACCCUCCUGCCCUCGACCUCCUGAUCCCACCUCUGCCUGGUCGCACUGUCCCUCAGCUGCCCUGCAGCCUUCACACCUCGGCGACCUGCCCCAGCUCCCAGCCUUUGACCUGCCAACUGGAUUACUCACCAGCCAGCAUCCUGGUCCCCCAGCAGGAGCCUCGUAGUUGGUGGUUUCACAUUGAUUGCGGUGAGUGCCCUUUGGUCAAUGGUCAUCGGUUUGUGUUGACUUUCCUGGCCAGCCCGCUGUGCGGCCAGGAGUUCGGGAGUCGCC